GAGGCUUUUAGUCUCCGCCCAUUUCACCGUAGGUCGGGAAGACAUGAGCAACAAAGAAGGACCAGGAGGGUUCAGGAAAAGGAAGCACGACACUUUCCCUCAUAACCCGAGAAGAGAAGGGAAGGAUGUUCAUUCCUCUUCACCUGUGAUGCUGGCCUUUAAAUCAUUUCAGCAGGAACUUGAUGCAAGGCAUGACAAAUAUGAAAGAUUGGUGAAACUUAGUCGGGAUAUAACUGUUGAAAGCAAAAGGACGAUUUUCCUUCUCCAUAGGAUUACAAGUGCACCUGAUAGAGAAGAAGUAUUGACAGAAUCGGAAGUUAAAUUGGACAGUGUCAGACAAAAGAUACUGCAGGUAGCCCAAGAGUUAGCAGGAGAAGAUAUGCAUCAGUUUCAUCGAGCCAUUACUAUAGGACUGCAGGAAUAUGUGGAGGCUGUCUCUUUUCAACACUUCAUUAAAACACGAUCACUAAUUAGUAUGGAUGAAAUUAAUAAACAAUUGAUUUUUACAACAGAAGACACUGGGAAAGAAAAUAAGACCCCCUCCUCCGAUGUGCAGGAUAAGCAGCAGCUCGGUACCUGGAGCCUGAAAGUCACACCUGUCGAUUACCUUCUGGGAGUGGCUGACUUAACUGGAGAACUGAUGCGCAUGUGUAUUAACAGUGUGGGCAACGGGGACAUUGACACCCCUUUUGAAGUGAGCCAAUUUUUACGUCAGGUGUAUGAUGGGUUUUCAUUUAUUGGCAACACUGGGCCUUAUGAGGUUUCUAAGAAGCUGUACACCUUGAAACAAAGUCUAGCCAAAGUGGAGAAUGCUUGUUAUGCCUUGAAAGUCAGAGGUUCCGAAAUUCCAAAACAUAUGUUGGCAGAUGUGUUUUCAGUUAAAACAGAAAUGAUUGAUCAAGAAGAGGGCAUUUCUUAA